AUUUGUUACUAGUUUGCCUGAUAUGUGAAUCUUUGUUGUACAUGCCCAUCAUUCCAACUGUGCUUGUGAAUAGCUGUAAAGGAAUUGGAACCGGGUGGAGUACUUUCAUACCUAACUACAAUCCAAGAGAUAUUGUUGCCAACAUAAGGCGUCUACUUAAUGCUGAAAGUAUGGUGCCUAUGGAUCCACGGUACAUUAAUUUCAAAGGAACUAUUGAGAAAACUGCGUCCAAAGAUGGUGGGUUUACCAACACCAUCACUGGUGUAUAUGAGGAGGUUGAUGAAACAACUAUUCGUAUUACGGAGCUACCAAUCAGAAGGUGGACCGAUGAUUACAAGAAUUUCCUGGAAGCUUUGAAGACAAAUAAUAAUACUCCCUAUUUUCAUAGCGUUGGGGCUUACUAUGACAAUACGUCUGUGAAUUUUCAGCUUCAAUUAAGUGAAGAAAACUUGAUGAUGGCCCGUCAAGAGGAGGUGGAUGAAGUUGCACCAGCUAAAGGAGGGAGAAAACCAUCAGCCGCGAGUAAAGUAGAGAAACCACCGGCAGCUCCGAGAAAAAGAGCACCAGCGGCGAGCAAGAAGCAGCAGCUAGUGGCAGAGGUUGUUGAGGUGUCAUCGGAGAAGAAAGUGAGGAAGAUGAGAUCUUCACCAUUCAACAAGAAGAGUAGUUUAGUGUUGGGGAGGUUGGCUAAUACUAAUAAUGAGGAAGAAGGUGAGGAGCAGAGUGUUGAGACUGUGGCGGCUGAUACUGCUUCAGCGAGGCCUAAAAGAGCAAAGAGGAAGCAUAUGAGGUAUGUGCCGAGUGAUUCGGAGAGUGAGUCUGCGAAUGAUUCUGAGUUUGAUGAAGAUGAUGAAUAGAGAGAACCAACUUGGUUUCCAGAACUUGUUACAUGCUAUCUCAAA